AAAAUAAGCGGAACCUUUACGUCGCUCUUGUUGUUUCCCACCGGAGUAUAAAUCUGACGCUCGAGGCGGGUUCGUUCAAACACAACAUGGCGUCCAGAAGGAGAACACAAAUGCUGAGCGCUCAAGAAAAUCCCCUUGCAGAUGCGAAAAGCUCCAAGAGUGGGAACGACGCAAGUAAAGCCAGCAAGAAUGAAACUGAGAAAAAAUCCGGUGCGAAAUCAACUGUUGUUCAGUCUCGGUAUAUGCAGGCUGCUGACAGGUCAUCACUUUCAAAGAGUAGCUCACUGAACAAUGAUUCUGUGAGUAUUCUACAGAGACCCUCCUCUCCUAGACCCGGCGGGGUCAAACUCAAAGUGGGCACCCCGCCUCGAUGCUCCAUGGGCCCCCCAGCUUUUGGAAAGUCUAAGAUGUCACGUCAAAGUCAGCCUUCACUGCUUGAAAAGACAGUCCUGCAAUCCACGUUUUCCGACGGACACUUUGGUCGGCCUGAGUUUGAUAUUUCAGUCAUUGGAGGUAAAACGGUAAUAAAAAGUGCAGAACAAGCUGAGUCGCUUCAUGAAGAUGAGAAGCAACUAAUUGAGAUGCAAGCAUUUUUCCUUUCUUACCUCUCUGGGAAGAUGGCGGCUAAUACAAAAAAGCUUGAGGCUGAAGCUGAAGCGAGGUUACUGCAGAAGAUGGAGGAAGAAGAGGUGCUACAUACUGAGUUGAUUGAGAAGAAGCGCAAGUACCUCCUCAUGGAGAAGGAACGAAAGGCGACCGAGCUUCUGAAUAUGCAGGUCCCUGCACUGAAUCGUGUGGCUGAAAUUGCCAAACCAUUUACAAAAUCUUACAAUUCUUUCGCCUCUGCGGUCGACACAACUCUUCACGAGCUACCUGUCAAGAACUUCCACAUUGACGGGGACGGGAAAGCGUUUCUUGGUAAAGCUGUAGCCUGUUUGAAGGAGAGCGAGGAGCUUCUGAGGGAGUGGACAGAGGAAGAUUACAGAGACAACAGUGCAGCUGUUGAGUGCCUUCAUUCCAUGAAAAGUUCCUCAAAAGAAAUGAGUCAACAUUUAUCCGGGGCAUUUUCAGAGCUGCAGGAGCUGUCAUCACUGAUAUGCCGGCACACAGUCCAAGUCCAGCAAGCGGCAGAGGAGGAGCAACUUGGUGCUGCAAGAUCUCUGGAGCUCUUCUGUCCCAAACCAUUAUGAACGUACCGCAACGUGGGAUAUUGAGUACAAGCACUUUAAAAUUAAUAAAAUUGGGAAACCUUGUGUUACAAACAA